AUGGCAAGUGAGGAAGAGAGUUUUCUUGUCUUAGUGCAUUGCUCUGGGAAAAUUAAAAAAAGCAAAAAAUAUGGUGUGAAGUUCACUGGUAGAGAACCAUUGAGUGUAUUCAUCAGUUCAUCAAGCACUUUGUCAGAUGUAAAGAACAGCAUCUUACAGAAGUUUGGGAUAUUUGGGAGCAAGUGGGUGAAGAAGCUAUUCUACAAGAUUUCCAUCGCAGUUGUCUCGACCGGUGUUAAGUAUGAUAUGUUUGUGCUAACGGCCGAUGAAGAUAUUAGGUUUCUUUUUCAUUAUGUUAGGAGUUUUCCGGAGGUCAGAAUACACGUGUUGUAUGCAAAGUUGGAGGUUGGUGUCGAUAGUUUUGGGGCAUCAGCUCCAGUUUAUAGCUCGACUGCUGCGGGCGGUGCAUCUAGUUCGAUGCCUGCGGCCGGGCCAUCUGUUUCGCAGGUCGCAUUCCCUUCCUUUGCGGCUGAUUUAGAUCGAACGGAGGCAGUUGCUUCUGUACCAUUGGAGAAUCCUGGGGUUUGGCAGCAGGCAUUUGAGGUAGAUACCGGUGGUGGCAUGAUUCAUGAUGUUCAAGGCUUUGGGGAACCUGAUCAAAUAGAGAAUGCAAUGCAGGACGAUGACUCUGACCAAGAGCCUGUAGAUAUCAUUGGGGACAGCGAUGAUGAACAGGUGCCAAUCCUCAUACACAGCACGGGCCUUCAAAUUGGGCAAUCAUUCCAGAAUAAAGAUAAAGCUGUUCUGAGUGUGAAGGACUAUAGCAUCCGUCGAGGUGUUGAGUACAGAGUAUUGGAAUCGGAUCAUCUGAAGUAUCAUGGAAAAUGUAAGGAGUUCGGCAAGAGUUGUAGUUGGUUGAUUCGCAUAUUGCUUCGUGCACGAAAGGGCACUUGGGAGGUUAGGAGGUACAACGGUCCACACACUUGCUUGGCCACCUCUAUUUCCAGUGAUCACCAACAACUUGAUUACCACGUUAUCUGUGUGAGGAUUUAUUCGUUGGUUAGGGAGGAUGCUGUGGUUACGGUAAAGGUCUUGCAACAAGCAACAGAAGCUUAUUACGUGUUCAGGCCUAGUUACAGGAAGGUUUGGAUGGCAAAACAGAAGGCAGUAGCAUAA